CAGAUUCCUACCUGUCACCUGAAGUCACGUCUGGCCAAUUCUCCCCGUCAUGCAGCUCUGUACCAAACGGACACCCUCCUAAUGGAUUGCCCACGUGAUACUCCCUAACUGGCUCCAGCCAUGUCGUCACCUUGACCUCACAUGUGUUCCUGACGUCAUUUCCGUUAUGAACUUAUAAACCCACCGUGCUGAAAUAUCCAUCAGCGUGUGUUGUUUUUUUUUGUUUUUGUUUACCCCACUUUAGCUUGCGACGUUUCCGCGAAGAAUUUCUCUGGCUUGUGACGUCUCCGCGAAGCAGUAUGAAUCUCGCGGACGCAGACAACCGCGUCAUCAUCAACGUGGGCGGCAUCCGGCACGAGACCUACAAGGCCACCCUGAAGAAAAUCCCGGCCACCCGGCUGUCUCGUCUCACCGAGGCCCUGGCCAACUACGACCCCCGUCCUCAACGAAUACUUCUUCGACCGUCACCCCGGGUAUUCGCCCAGAUCCUCAACUACUACCGCUCGGGCAAGCUGCACUAUCCCACGGAUAUAUGCGGCCCUCUCUUCGAGGAGGAGUUGGAGUUCUGGGGCCUGGAUUCUAACCAGGUGGAGCCGUGUUGCUGGAUGACCUACACACAACACAGGGACACGCAGGAUGUGUUGGCCAUCUUGGAUAGGCUUGACCUUGACACGGAUAAGCCGACCGAGGAGGACAUCAUGAAGAAGUUCGGGCUGGAGGAGGAGUACAAGAGCGGGGAGCUGAACUGCUGGCAGCGGAUACAACCCAAGAUUUGGGCGCUCUUUGAUGAGCCGUACUCGUCCACCUCAGCUAAGCGUCCGAUUUUAUCCAGGAUCAUCGCCGUGGUCUCCGUGUUUUUCAUCGUCAUCUCCAUCCUCUCCUUCUGCCUGAAGACGCACCCCGAGAUGCGGGUCCCCGUCCUCAGGAACGCCACCACCCAGACCGGAAACGGAAGCUACUCCUGGCGCCUGGAGAAGAAAGAAACCGAACCGCACGAGGCGUUUUUCUACAUCGAGUGCGCCAGCAAUGCCUGGUUCACCUUUGAGAUCAUCAUCCGCUUCGCUGUGGCGCCGCAGAAGCUGAAAUUCUUAAAAGCGCCCGUCAACAUUAUAGACAUCGUGGCGACGCUGAGUUUUUACCUAGACUUCAUGCUGACCGAGCUCAAGCAGGAGAGCGACAUGCUCGAGUUUUUCUCCAUCAUUAGGAUUAUGCGUCUGUGCAAGCUGACCCGCCACUCGCCUGGCUUGAAGAUCCUCAUCCACACCUUCAAGGCCAGCGCCAAGGAGCUUAUCCUCCUCAUCUUCUUCCUCGUUCUCGGAAUCGUCAUCUUCGCGGCGCUGAUCUACUACGCCGAGCGGAUACAGUACAAUCCUCAAAACGAUUUCGAGAGCAUACCAGUGGGUCUAUGGUGGGCCAUCGUCACCAUGACAACCGUGGGCUACGGUGAUAUGGUGCCUAAGACAUAUGUAGGUAUGUUUGUCGGCGCUCUGUGCGCGCUGGCCGGCGUCCUGUGCAUCGCGUUGCCGGUUCCUGUCAUCGUGUCGAACUUCGCGCUGUUCUACUCCCACACGCAGGCCAGGUCGAAGCUCCCGAAGAAGAGGCGAAGGGUUCUCCCCGUCGAGGCGCCGCGACCGAAGGGCACCAAGGCACCUGGAGUCGCUGGGGGCGGCGGUGGCGUCGGAGGCCCCCAGAAUCGGAGGAUGAACGCCAUCAAACAUAAUCACCCGGGUGCGUUAGAUGUCAAGAUGAAUAGGAUAGCUCAUGGGGGCGCCCUCCAGGAAUUGAUGGCCUUCCGUAGCCAUUAUAAUCAUUUUGGAGUCCUGAUAGGUCACAAUGGAGAGGAGGCUAUACCCAUGCUGAUGCUCAAUCACACAGACAAAGCGGACAUCCCAGUCCGGUCCAGGGCCACCUCCAAUGCUGACAAGAUCGGUAACCUUCUGGACCACUCACUCUCAGGGUCUACCCUAAAAGUGACAGACAUAAGACCAACUGAUAACCAACCAUCUUCCACUGCCCUGACUGGCCUUCUGGUUGCUCCUACAGCCCAGUUAACUAUGAACAACACAUCAGGGUCCACUGGCUCAGCCCCAGGACAUGAAGAAGAUAAAACAGAUAAAGGGUUUCCUACUAGCUCAUCAGAUGGAGCUGUGAUAGAGCCAAUAGUCACAACGCUUCCUCCCACAAAUCUUAGCUCCACUUCCUCUGUGACAGCCAAUCAAAACACGGAACAACGAUCUCUAGCAGGGACGCCAACCAAUAGCAGCUCACCGUCUGCACCAUCCUCUAAUAACCUCGUUGCUGUCAAUACGUAGCCCCUCUAAUAUUAGAACUCAGUCUUGCAUAAUCUGGUCAAUGUUCUUUUUUCAUCUUUAAAAACAAGAGAAUGUUUUUUAAAUACUGUAAUAUCUGCCUUUUUUUGACGUUAAAUAUUACAAAAAAAAUGUUAGCACCAAGCCAUUUAAACUUUAUAUCACCAGUUAAAUACCAUAAUUGUUCAGUCUUAACUCAAUGUUAGUCAUUUGCAGCCCCCUCCCCACCAGCACCUAUACCUGCCCUUUAAAUCACUAGUUAAUUUUUUAUAGAUGGAUUACUAUGUCGAUAAAUGCUGUAUUUAAGUUCUGCUAUUAAAGACCAUUUGUUUUUUAAAGAAAAUUAAUAUUCGUGUUGAUGUAAACAUCAUGGCCGUAUCAGCACUAUUUCUCAAACAUAACUCGCAAACAAAAAUUAAUACUUUUCUAUUAUGAAAUUAAUAAUAUUAUUGUUAUGGACUUGUUAGGAAAAAAAAAAAUUACGACAUGGAGCUGUUACAUGUCAUCACCAACAUCCUUGAAUUAUCUGCACAAUGCAACAAUUUCAACAGCUAAAAUAAAUACUUUUUAAAAAAAACAAAAAAAAACAGUUAUAUUUCUCUUAAAAUCUUGUCAAGAAAAGAAGAGAAAUGACAGUUACCUGUAGUCUCCAUGCUGUUAAGAAGGGCAACAGGAAUGCUGUUUUCCAAUGUUAAACUUUGAACUAUCAACUCUGAACUGUUAUUCACUGCAAGUAAUGAUAUUAGAAAAACUGUUAUAUUUAUGAAACUUUUUUGUGUGGCAAUGUUUGCUUAGUAUUUUUGUAAAUGGUAUAUAAGUGUAUACUGCAUUUUUGUCUCAAUUUAUACAUCAGCCAUUUCAGAAGUAGAAUGUGAAAUUUUUUUGAAACAGUUGCACUAGUUGAAAAGGGAAAUAACUGUUUUGAUAUUACAAAUGUGUAUACUAGAAUUCCAUAUCUUUGAUGGAUGUAAAUUUGUUGCUUAAUUUGAUGGGAAUUUAUUCUUUAUUUUUACUGAUUACAAUUGUAAAUAAUGUAAAUCAUUGAUUACAUUCACUGUAAGGCUCUAUUGAUAUUCUUUUUGUUAGUAUAUUUUACCUAAUCCAUUUCCAGUGGAAUUGGAUCCAUAUGUAAUUUGAGGAAAUGGACAAUUUUUUUUUUAAAUUGCAAAAGCAAAAUGUUCUUGAUUUUAAAAUAUAAUUUCAAUAUCAAUUGUAUUUGAAUUAUUUUAAUAUUGUUUUUGCAUUAUGAUAAUGCUUAAAGUUUUUUAAAAAUCUGGCACUGUAAUGUUUCAAACAACUUUUUUUCUAGAUACCCCAUGCCCAGGCAAAAAGCUAAUAUAAGUGUAAUUGCCAACAAAGAAAAUCUAAGUCUAAAGCAAAUUUAAACUAUCAAAUCUUGCAGCUACAACACAUUGCAGUAGUCAAUUAAGAACUAUUUUGGUUAUCAAAAGUUUGGGCGUAAAAUAUAUAUCACUACUUCCACUUGUGUGCUUUAACCAAAGACCACAUAUAAAACUGCUGAAUAAAUAGGUAAUGCCUAGCUGGCGUAUCUAUAAUUAGGAUGAAAAUAGCCUGCACAGGGCAUCUUUUUUUUCCUCUUAUCUUUGUUUUUAAAAUAAAUGAACAACCAAUUCUUUUUUCUUACUCUACUACUGGAUAUCUUUAAAGCAACUUGCUUUCAUUUCUCCAGGAAGCGCAUGUGAUUUCAUAUUUAUAUAUCAUGCAUACCACAUUGAAUCUUCUAGCCAAUAUGUUGCUGUUUUUAAAUUUUGUCUGGCCACUUUUAAGUUACACAUUGUCUUGUGUUGUUCUAAUGGGGUUUUUUCUGUUACUAGCCAGUUAUUUUAAAAAAAACUCAAUUUACCAUCAUUGAAUUGUUGAUUAAAUUCAAUUUAUCAUCAUGCCUUAUCAAUGUUUUUUAUUCAGAAGUGUUAUGAUUUUCAUGUGUUCAGAUUAUGCACUAAACUCUUAUGUGUUUGUCUUUUUGCUUUUAUAAAUAUUAUAUACAGGUUGUUUUCAUUUUGGGGCUUGGACUAUUUUUAUCUAUUCAUCUUAAUGUUAAUCUGCAUAAGUAGUGCAAUAUUUAUUUAUUUUAAAAAGUAAUUUCUGAAUGCAUUUUACUUGUCAGAUGUUUUUUUUUUAAGGAUUGAUUUACGUAUUUUUGUGUCGAUUCAAGGUUUGUUGUUGAAUUGUGUUGAAUGCAAUGUGCUGUACCAACCUGCCACCCUCUCUCUGGUUUCUUUACAAAAAUUAUUUGUGCUGUAAAAAGAUCUGUGAUGAAUGACUGACACUUUGAACAUUAUUCCUUUGUAUUGUAAAACUCUGUGAAAUUAUUGAGUUUGUUGCCAGAUUUUUUUUUUCAUGUAUAAUUUUUAAUCAUGCCAAAUGGCGCUUCCAAGUGGCUGUUAUUUAGCAACAGGUUAAUUCAAGGUCAUUUUCAGCUGUGAUUAUGUGAUGUUCAUUCAUUUAUCCUGAAUGUUUCACCUGUAUUUAUGUACAGGUGUGUUAGUUGUUAUCAAGUUCUACUCCAUAUUUGGUUGCUAUGUCAACAAAGGUUUGCUUGAAGACCUUGGACAUAACAGUGAUAGCUUCUGUACAUAUAAUGGUCUGAUCAAUUGUCAUAGGUUUUUAAGAUAAACAAUGAACCCACUUGGCAACACAUUAUGCUAUUUUUAGAUCUGUCUGGUCUCAAUUUAGUCUUUCCUACAACUGGAAGCCUCCAGUUGAAUUUAGCUGUUAUUUGUAAUUUUAUAUUAUACAAGGUUAAGUCAAACAUUGAUUUAAAUGCCUAACCAUGCGAGCUUCAUAAUUUUUAAUGCAAUAGUUUGACACAUUUUUUAUAUGCCGUUUAGGAAAGAAUUAGAAUUGUUUAUAGACCAAUUUAUAUGGAGUUUUUUAGAUUUAUUUGUGCAAGCGUUUAUCAUAUGGAAAAAAAAAUUUAUAUGAUUUUUAAAAUUACUAAAAUAAAUUUUUAAAUACCAUAGUAUGAAUCUUUUUUUUCCAUAGUUUUCUUCGGUGUCAAAAUUAUCUAUACUUUUUAAAAAUUAUUUUUACUGAAAUAAAUGUUUGUAGCUUUUGCCCUAUCCAAAUUUACUAGAUAAAUAUUAAGCAAAAUGCAUGUUAUGUUCAUAAGGUUAUAAGAAAAACUAAUAGAUGCAACUCUAUAAAUCAGAAUACAAGAUUUAAGAACUACAUGUCUGUAUGAUCAUGUUUAAUUUGAAUGAUCUCCCUUUGUUUACAAAUUAAAAACACAAUCUAGUGUAUAGGAUCACUGUAUGAUGAUUUUUUUUUCUUAUAAUUGUCCUUAGAAUUUAUUUGUUAUCCACCAUCAUCAUUAUCAUCAACAAUUUCCUUUCUUUUUACUUAGAUAUUUAGCCUCAACAGACAGGACCACAGCUAUAUUAAAAGGAAUUCUUUUAAUCUGCUGAUUAGGCAUUGAGACUUUUUUACAAUGUUAAAAUUGUAUAAGACAAAUCAAUUUUAAUAGUUUUAAUUUCAAAUUAGAAUAUAAUAUUAUAGUGAAGGUCAUUGUAGAUAAGAAAAAGGCACAUAAAAAUAUUUUCUUUAAUCUGAAAGGUAUGUGAACAAAAUUUAAAAAAUAACAAACAUGAACAAAAUAAUAAAGCAAGGCCCUCUCAUGAUAAUGGCUCCUAGUAAAAAGAAAGAAAGACUUAGGUAUUUAAACAUAUUUUAGUUCAAAAACUAGAUGACACUUUUGUUAGAACGGUGAUGUAAGUUCUAUUUCUAAAUAGUAUCUUUUUGCUGCUCAACAACUCCUGAUUACUAUCAAAGAAUUACUUUCUCAUAACAAGUCUGAAUUUUUCAAAUACUUAUUCAAAAUUUUUAACAUUAGAAAAAACAUUUUUAAAAUUCAAAUAUUUCAAAAAAAAAAUUUCAUUUUUUUAACCCAUUUUAAACAGAAAUUGAAAGUGUUUUAAUUGGAAAAUUAUUUUAUAGCUGCAGAAAUCUAAUACUUAUCAUGGACCAAAAUAUGUAAAAGAAAACAAACUGGAAAUUAGAUGAAAAAAUGUCUGUAGUCAGCCAUCUAAACUCCAGGAUUUGACACAAGAAUUGUACAACAUUUUAAAAUAAUUAGCAGUUCUUCAAAUUGUUUAAAUACAAGCAAUUUUUAUCUCAGUUUUUAAGCAAUCAAGUGAAUAAAUUGUUAAUUUUAUGAUUAUUGUUGCAACAGAAAACUGUUCCAAAAUUAUAUUAAGUUUAUGGGCCAGGUUACUCUGUUGAAUUUU